AUGUCAGUUGCUUUGUUUGAGAGUAGCUUUCUCUCGAACCCAGUAGUUACAUCUACUCUCAAACCGCAAGCAAGAACCUUUCCGGUUCCUGUAAAACCCCAAUUCAUAUCUUGCAGGCACAGCCCAGAUGAAGUCGAUAGUGAUUCAUCAUCAUCAUCAAGAAAAAAUGGAAAUCGUUUAGCGAAGGUGGCUUUAGUUGCGGUGGCAGCUGGGGUGUUGGCACUGGGCUCGGUUGAUCCAGCAGCCGCCGCCAAGAGUGGCGGCAGAGUUGGCGGCCAGGCUUUCCGGUCAUCUGCGCCUCGCUCUUCUGGUCCUAGAAUUAACAAUUCAAGGACCAAUGUGUAUAUUAACCCGCCAAUUGCUCCUCCUCUAUUCGGCGGGUAUGGAUAUGGCUAUGGCGGAUGGGGCUGGUCCCCAUUCUCGUUUUUCGCACCGGGACCAGCAGUUGCUGUUGGGGUUGGGGGUGGAUUCGAUUUCUUUCUUCUGUUCAUUGUUCUCGGUGCAGUUUCAGCUGUUGUUCGGAAAUUUCUUGGUUCGAGAGAUGACGAUAAUGAUGAUGAAUUCUGA